GGAGCUCGUCAGAGGCUGUGCCAUUGCAUUGGAGGUAGGGGUCAAUGGCUCCUUUCCCGUUCCAUAUGCUGCUUCUGAGCAGGGAUUCAGCCUCAACAUGCCCAUGUCAUUUCCCCGUAGCUUACAAGGCGCGCGCGGCUUUGCUUCAUCAGAAGCGCCUGUCGAUGGCAUCUGUGGACUAUCUAAUCUCGGCAACACUUGCUUCAUGAACUCCGCUCUACAAUGUCUCAGUAACACUCCAGAUCUAACACGGUACAUUUUGGCAGGAGCAUGGCGUGAUGAGCUUAAUAGGGACAACCCAUUAGGAAUGGGCGGUGAAGUUGCUCGUGCAUACGCCAAUCUCAUCGACAAGCUUUGGAAGGGGACCAACAAAGUUUUUUCACCCAGAGAAUUCAAGUCAACAAUCGGAAGAUUCGCGCCCUCAUUUACAGGAUAUCACCAACAUGAUUCACAAGAACUUUUGGCGUUCCUCUUGGAUGGCUUACAUGAAGAUCUAAAUCGCAUCAUCAAAAAACCUUAUACCGAGGUUCCUGACUUUUCGGGCCGACCCGAUGAGGAAGUUGCUGCAGACUGUUGGAAGCUUCACAAAGCUCGCAAUGAUUCCAUCAUUGUAGAUCUCUUUCAGGGACAAUACAAGUCGACAUUAGUCUGCCCAGAAUGUCACAAGAUCUCAGUCACAUUUGAUCCUUUUAUGUAUCUUAGUCUGCCUUUACCCAUCAGCAAAAAGUGGGUUGGCACCGUUACCUAUGUUCCUUAUGAUCCUAAGCAACCUAUUGUAGACAUCCGUCUGCAACUGCCCAAAGGCUCGACUCAGAGGGUCCUGAAGGAGAGGGUUGCAGAACUCAUGAAUACCCAAGCAAGUCAUCUUUAUUCGGCCGAGGUCUUCGCCAAUCGAUUUUACAAGACGCAUGAGAAUGGAGACGUCGUAGAUGAAUUGAGCGACACUGAUAAAACAUUUUUAUAUGAGCUUCCCGUGCCUGACUUUACAAAUGCUCAGGAUCAUGUCGUAUUCCCUGUACUCAGUAUGAUGGAACCUACGUCCUCAUUCGGUCGGAUCAGCACCUUCGGCCAUCCCAUGAUGGUCUGUGUAACCAAAGAGGAAGCUUUAGAUCCUGAUGCAGUAUAUAAAGCUAUUUUGAAGCAAUAUUCCCGAUAUACAACAAUGGAUUUAUACGAGGACGAUACUGCCGAAUCAGGAGAAAGAACGAAAACUGAUGAGCAAAGUGCUGAUGUUGAUAUGACAACUCCCGACGAUACUAAAGAAGAGAGGAUGGCAAAGAGUGGCCUAUUCCGCUUGUUGGCGUUCCCGCCGCCGCCUUCACAGCCUUCAAGAUAUCAGUAUCGCCCAAUGACCAAGCCGACAAUGUAUGCCCCCUCGGUUCCUCCAUCCAUGAAUGACAUGAUUGACAUGUACCAAAGAGUGCUUUCAAAGGAGUCUGGGACCUCAAAGGAAAUGGACAUUUUCAAGAGUCGACAUGGCCAGUCUUGGGGCGACGACAAUGAAGAUGACAGUAUGAACAGAAUUGGUCGUCUCGGCUCACCCUCUGGGCUGUCAAACUCUUCACGCUCUUCUAGUCGUCCUCGAGUACCGCAACCUGAUCAGGACGAACUCUCUGAAGAUGAGGGCGAACAAUCCAUACUGCAGAGUAGGCGUCCUAACUUUGCUACCGCCUCUCCUUCGAUUCCAGUAUGUGAGCCCGAACCAGCAGUUCGGAAAGGAGAGAUGGUUUAUUGCGUCUGGGCUCGACCAUAUGAGUCGUCUAUUUACGCUCCUGAACGGAGGUACCGUAGCUACCGCAGUAUGGAGGAAGAGGAAACACAAGAGUCGGGAGUGCGUGUUCUUUGGGAACAACGUGGUCCUCCUGUGGUCGAUCCUGUACUCCAGGAAGAGAUCGCUGCUAACAAGAAGGGUAGGAAGGUCAUUACUCUCGAAGACUGCUUGAACGAAUACACUAAAGAGGAGCAACUGGGUCAAGAAGAUCUAUGGUAUUGUCCCAAUUGUAAAAAGCACCAACAGGCAACGAAGAAAUUAGAUAUUUGGCGAUUUCCAGAUAUCUUGGUAGUUCACCUGAAACGGUUCAGUCAUACGCGUGCAUGGCGUGACAAGAUUGAUGCCAUGGUUGACUUUCCCAUCGAAGGUUUAGACUUGAGCACUAAAACGCUAAAAGAAAAUAAUCGCGAGGACAAUAUUUACGAUCUAUUUGGUGUAUCGAACCAUAUGGGCGGACUUGGUGGUGGUCAUUAUACUGCCUAUGCGAAAAAUGAGAAACUUAAUCAAUGGUACAGCUUUGAUGACUCUCAUGUCAGCCCUGUGAACAAAGAAGCAAUCAAGACCUCCAGCGCCUAUUUGCUGUUUUACCGUCGCAGAAGCGCAGUUCUUCCUGAGUAUGAGCAACGACCAGCUUCACCUGUUGCAGAGCCAAGCGUCCAAUCGAUAUCAGCCACUCCAUACUAUAACUAUAGUGUAUAUUCAGGGCCUUCUGACGCUCCCAGCAGCAGUCUUUGGCGGAGUGAGUUGGAAGAAGGACAAUAUGGGCCUUGGGGAAAACCACCAUCUGAAACUUAUGAUGAAUAUGGGCCUAUGCCUCCUGCCUUCUUUGAUGACACAGAUCUCCCAGAGUACAACUCAACCAUCGGAGCAUCUGGCAUGGCAAGCCCCCCUUCUCCAUUCUCAGAAGGGUUGACAUUUGUUUCAGAUAAGAGAAAUGGAAAAUCACGUUCACGGAAUGACGAUAAUGAUGCAGAUGAUGAAGACUCGACGAUGGCAGUCAGCUAUCUAGAUGAUCCCACUGCACAUUCGCCCGACUUGUCGACUUGCGCUAGUGACGGCUCCAAUCCAGGCACAGCGACCGUGUCACCAGGCUUCUCGCCUCUUGCCCAUGCUACUACAAUUGGAGAAUACCCACCUCGGAUGCAAUUACCGCCACAUAUCACUCUGGAGGACGGCCGGAUUGAUGAUUCUGAUGAAGGAGCAGAACUGCCGAUGAGACUAUAUGAAAAUAUUGGGACUGUAGGAGCCAGUAUUCCGACUCCAAGUUCUACAACUAUUGAAGGCACAGAAGAGGCUGCGGGUGAGGAGGAGGAAAGCGAGCAAGACGGCGUGCAGAUGGUAGAGUGGCGGAAGGGCUCUUCUGACCAUUAGAUAGGGAAUCAUUUAAGACAGCGUAGAGAAAAAUUGGACAACUGCAAAAUAGACCUUGACCAAGCUAUUUCAUAUUGUAUGCAUAAACAAGC